CCUUUCAAUAUCACGUGAGUCACAUUAUAAUACUUAAUUAAAGUUCGCAUAAACUCCUUGGAGUCCUACACUCUGUUUAUCUUUUUCAAAGGAGAUAAAAAAAAAAGCACAGAGCUUCAACAAUGGAGGAGGAGAGCUCAAGUUUGAUCACAGACCUAAAGCCAACACCACCAAGAGAAGACAUAAGAAGAAAUGGAGGAGGAAGAGAGGAGGAGGAGGAGGAGGAAGACCGAGAUGUCGAAUGCAACAAUUCCUUAAAUGAACCAUUGCUCAAGAGAAGCCCGACACUGACUGGGAGCCAUCUGGCAAUGGUCGGGGCCAAAAUCUCCCAUAUAGAGAGCUUAGACUACGAGAUAAAUGAGAACGACCUCUUCAAGCAUGACUGGCGAAGCCGAUCCAAGGUCCAAGUUCUUCAGUACGUGUUCUUGAAAUGGUCUAUGGCUUUCCUUGUUGGGCUCCUCACUGGAGUUAUAGCCUCCUUCAUCAACCUCGCGAUCGAGAACAUUGCAGGGUUCAAGAUGAUGCUUGUGCUUCAGUAUGUGCGGAGUGGCAGGUAUUGGACCGGAUUCCUUUACUUCAUGCUUGCAAAUCUUGGUUUGACUGCUUUUGCUUCUUUCCUAUGUGUGAGAUAUGCUCCGACUGCAGCUGGCCCUGGCAUACCAGAAAUCAAAGCUUACCUUAAUGGAGUUGAUACUCCGAAUAUGUUUGGCAUGUCAACUUUGAUCGUCAAGAUCUUUGGCAGCAUAGGAGCAGUAUCAGCAGGCCUAGACCUCGGCAAAGAAGGCCCCUUAGUCCACAUCGGCGCCUGCCUCUCCUCUCUACUAUCUCAAGGCGGCAGCGAAAAGUACGGCAUCAAAUGGAGAUGGCUCCGAUACUUCAAGAAUGACAGGGACCGCCGCGACCUGAUCACCUGCGGUGCAUCCUCAGGAGUCUGUGCUGCUUUCAGAUCACCAGUCGGAGGUGUUCUCUUCUCCCUUGAAGAGGUUGCAACUUGGUGGAGGAGCUCUCUUUUAUGGAGGACUUUUUUCAGUACUGCAGUGGUGGUUGUGGUUCUUAGAGGGUUUAUGGAGUACUGUAAUUCUGGGAAGUGUGGGCUUUUUGGGAGAGGAGGGCUGAUUUUGUUCGAUGUUAGUGCUGUCACUGUUCGGUAUCAGUGGAUGGAUCUUCCCCCUGUUCUUUUCAUCGGCAUCAUUGGAGGAGUAUUGGGGAGCCUGUAUAACUACCUUCUGUAUAAGGUUCUUCGAGUCUACAGUCUUAUCAAUGAGAAAGGCCGUCUUCCCAAAUUCCUCCUCAGUCUAUCAGUUUCCCUCUUCACCUCCAUUUUUCUCUACUUCCUCCCAUUCCUUGCCUCCUGUUCACCCUGCGACCCCUCCAUCGACGCAGCCUGCCCAACUGUUGGCCGAACCGGUAACUUCAAGCAGUUCAACUGCCCUGACGGAUACUACAAUGACCUCGCCAGUCUCCUUCAUGCCACCAAUGAUGAUGCAGUCCGCAACGUCUUCUCAACCUCCACCCCUACAGAGUUCCGUGCUGUCUCCCUCCUCAUCUUCUUUGCUAUCUACUGUGUUCUCGGCCUGAUCACCUUCGGCAUUGCCGUCCCUUCCGGCCUUUUCCUCCCCAUAAUCCUCAUGGGGUCUGCUUAUGGACGACUUCUUGCCCUCUACAUGGGAUCCUACACCGGAAUCGACCAGGGUCUUUAUGCUGUUCUUGGUGCUGCCGCCCUUAUGGCUGGAUCUAUGAGGAUGACUGUUUCAGUAUGUGUCAUCUUUUUAGAGCUCACAAACAACCUCUUACUCCUUCCUAUUACUAUGCUAGUACUACUAAUUGCCAAGACUGUUGGUGAUGCUUUCAAUCCAAGCAUAUACGAGAUCAUACUCGAGAUGAAGGGACUCCCUUUCUUGGAAGCUAAACCGGAGCCCUGGAUGAGAAACCUCACUGUAGGUGACCUUGCAUCGGCUAAACCUAGUGUUGUUGGUCUCCAAGGCAUUGAAAAGGUAAGGCGGGUUGUUGAUGUGUUAAGGACCACUAGUCAUAAUGGAUUCCCGGUUGUGGAUCAAGGGAUGCCAUCAGAACUUCAUGGUGUGGUGCUAAGAGCACACUUGAUUUCAGUGCUGAGAAAGAAGUGGUUUUUGACACAGAGAAGGAAAACAGAAGCAUGGGAGGUGAGAGAGAAGUUUACAUCGAUUGAUUUGGCGGAGAAAGGGCAGAAAUUUGAGGAUAUCAAGAUAACAGAAGAGGAGAUGGAGAUGUACAUAGAUCUGCACCCUUUUACCAAUACAACACCAUAUACAGUGGUGGAGACAAUGUCGGUGGCCAAGGCAGUCGUGCUCUUCAGACAAGUUGCUCUACGACACUUGCUGAUUGUUCCAAAGUACCAAGGAUCUGGGAUAGCACCUGUGGUUGGGAUACUGACACGACAGGAUCUCAUGGCUCACAACAUUUUGAGUGCCUUCCCCCAUUUGGAAAAGAGGAGAACAGAAAAGUGAUAUCAAAACCCAAUUAUAUACAGGAUCACAUUUCGACUUAUGAAGCAUCAUAAUUGUUAUAUUCCUCCAGUAUUUUUUCGGUCGUCAUCAUUAUACUAUUCUUUUGCCUUGAAGAGUAAUUGAAUUAUACCUACAGGCUAUGUAAUCAAGAGGGACUGCACAUUAAAGUUUUAUUGACAUGAAAUGCUCUUUCCUACUGUA